CAGGAGCUGCUGAAGAAAAGCAAAUAUCCUGUUCCCAGUCAUCAGGAGAACCUCGUCAUGCUGAAAUCAGGGAUUAAAUGUGAAAAAACGGAAUCUAGCAUAAGCUCCAGUACUCAAGUGUCCACUGAGGAUCUCUGUGCUAACACGUCUCACAGUGAUCCUCAGGAAGAUACCGGAAAGGAUAGUCUCUACAUCUGCUCAGACUGUGGGAAAAGUUUCACUCAACAAAGUCGCAUCAAGCGACACCAACGGACUCACACAGCAGACAAACCACACGAGUGCUCAGAAUGUGGAAAGAGUUUUAGGGAGAAAUGUACUCUACAAAGACAUCAGCGCAUUCAUACUGGAGAGAAACCAUACCAGUGUUCAGAGUGUGGGGAAACAUUUGCCCGGCUGGGUCACCUCCAAACACAUCAGCGCAUUCACACUGGUGAAAAACCAUACAACUGCUCAGAGUGUGGGAAAGGUUUUGCUCGGCUGGAUCAUCUCUAUAUGCACCAGCGUGUUCAUACUGGAGAGAAACCAUAUCCGUGCUCAGAAUGUGGGAAAAGUUUUGCUCGGCUGGGCGAUCUCCAUAUGCAUCAGCGUAUUCACUCUGGAGAGAAACUGUAUCGGUGCUUAGAAUGUGGGAAAAGAUUUAAUCAGAAGAUUAAUCUUCAGCGACACCAACUCAUUCACACGGGAGAAAAAUCGUAUGAGUGCUCAGAUUGUGGAAAGUGUUUUAGACACAAAGGUACCCUUCAAUCUCACCAACGCAUUCACACUGGAGAGAGGCCUUUUCAGUGCUCAGAGUGUGGGAAGAGUUUUAUGCGACAGAGUAAUCUCCAACAGCACCAACGCAUUCACACAGGAGAGAAGCCAUACGAGUGCUCAGAGUGUGGGAAAAGAUUUAGAGAAAAGGGUGCACUUCAGAAACACAACCUUACUCACACCAGACAGAAACCGUGUGACUGGUCAGUGUUUUAGUGAUGUUAGUGAGGAGAGUUAAGGUUUUUCAUCAUUAACUCCUCCAUAACUAAUGGAGGAGUUAAAAUUUGCAAAUGUAUGAAGUGGUGAGGUGCAGGACCUAUGGACAAAAAGUAUUUUUUUUUAUGUGGAAUGUGAUAAAUUAAGAAAUUAUAAGAAGUAGUUUGGUGUGUGUGUGUGUGUGAUCACUGUGGACCUAUACCUCAGUCUCUUAUGCUUGACUCAUUACAGUGUAAAUAACCGUUUACUACAUGGCCAUUUACUCAUUACAGCAGCCAUGAGCACAUUUACUAAGAUUUUGAUUAUUUACUCCUGACCUUUGCAUGAAAAUAGCCUACACUAAACCACCCAUUUGAAAAGAGUAACAGUGAAUAAUCUGGUUUUAAUUAUUAUCAUAUUAUAUAUCAUAUUAUAAUUAUGCACUAUCAAUUUAUAGUAGCCUGAUAUAAUGUUCCAGUGAGUCAUAGACUUGUCUAUCACUCAUUUCAGCGUCCAUGACACGUUUAGUUGUAUUACAAUCAUUUACACCAUAUACUCAUUGUUCCUUCAGACAAAAAGUAAAAUCAUAUAUAUUUUGAAUAUUCCUAGAGUUAUUUAAGUGUUAAUAUCUGGUUAAUCCAGCCCACGGGAGUGCCAGCUCCAUUGGAUGAAGAUGUUAUCACAACUUUUACAAUGUGUUUAACAACUUGAAAACUCAUCCUGCAACAACAGUAUAACAAAUAUGAUUGUACGAUUCUAAAUUAUAGUAUGAAAUGCAUCACAGGCAAGUCUUAUUCUUGUAUUUGUUAGUUUGUGUAUGGAAAUAUGUAAACAACUGUAACUCUGCAGUGCUGUUAACUGAAUAAACGCUGGUCAAUUA